AGUCCCACGCAUGCUAAUGUGACGUACCACUUUCCUCUGGCCACGUCUUGUAAGCAGAGUGAUCGAGAGGGGAGCAUUCUUAGGAGAGGAGCGGAGCUGAACGUUACCCAUCAUGUGGGGUGUAACCAAUUCCUCUGAGAACUGCAGUCUUCUGGGCAAGAACACUACGGCCAUUUCCUUUCUUAAGUAUGGAGGUAUACCACAGAAUAUCGCCUACAACUGUAUCUUUUAUGUGAUCUUGGUGGUUUUGUUUGCUAUCUUCAGAAAAGUAGCUGGGGAUUAUGGUCGCAUUGCUCUUGUGAACCAGGGCGAGGAAAGGAGAGUAUUUUCAUCACAAAAUGGAACAGCAGGCUACAACAUAUGGACAAGCAUGUUCUAUGGGGAUCAUAGCUCCCAGGGGAAGUCUAAGAAUGUCAACGCUGACGAUGGGGUAGCAGACCAUCCACCUCAUUCUCGCGCGUCGGGAUUAUGUGACUGGAUCCCAGCCAUAUUUAGAAUCAAGGAUGCAGAUAUCAGGAGCAACUCCGGGACGGAUGCGGUCCAGUACCUCCAGUUCCAACGCUACCUGAUCAUCCUGAUGAUCAUCAUCACCUUCCUCAGUCUAGUGGUCAUCCUCCCUAUCAACUUCAGUGGCAGCCAGGAGCUUGGAACAAACAACUUUGGUCGCACCACCAUCACCAAUAUCCCUAACAAAGAUAGCAAGUUAUGGGCGCACACCAUCUUCUGCAUGCUGUAUUUCUUGAUAGUGAUUCUCUUCAUGCGUCACUUCUCCAUGCAUCUGCCCUACAGGUCAGAGACAGACACGGUGUCUUGUACUCUUUUAGUGUCCGGUAUACCCCUAGAGAGGACAGAUCCUGCACUUAUCAAACAACAUUUCCAGGAGGCCUAUCCUGAUGUAGUUGUUACAGAUGUACAGUUUGCUUAUGACAUAGCAAGACUCAAGAGGCUUGAUACACAGAGACGAGAUGCUCAUCUAAACAGGCUUCAUUGUGAGAGGAUAUACCAGAGGACCACCCAGCGCCCCACCCUCAGACCUGGGACCUGUGGACAGCUGGGAUGUGGAGGGCCAAAGGUAGAUGCCAUUGAGUACUAUGGCAACGAGGAGGAGGCCCUCACUGUUACUGUUGCAGAGGAGAAGAGAAAGGCUCUGAAGAGCAACCUUGGUAUGGCCUUUGUGUCAGUGCACAGCGAGACUAUGGCUACAAAGAUUGUGACUGAUUAUGCAACCCUAAAGACUGGUCCACCUACAGUAUCCAGUGUUAGCAGACAGUUACAUUCUACUGUAUGGGAAGUAGACUUCGCUCCCAAACCUGAUGACAUCAUCUGGGAAAAUCUGUCCAUCAGUCCAUAUGUAUGGUGGCUCAGUGUCAUCUUAAUCAACAUUGGUAAGUUUGUUGUUUAA